AUGAUUAUCUUAUUAACAUGGAUAUUGCUUAUUGGUCUUGGUUCAAUUUGUUUAUAUUUCUUCGGAAUUUUCGAUGCCUGUCUUGAUUUUCUAAUAAACUAUUUAUUUAAUCGGCAGAAAACAAUUCGUUUUCGUCAACGUCCAUCACGCAUUUUUCUUGUUCGACAUGGAGAAUCUCAAGCUAAUGUUGAUACGACUUUAUAUGCCCGUGUGGCCGAUCAUGAUAUUGAAUUAACUGAAAAAGGUCGUAAACAAGCUCUUGCAGCUGGUCAAAAAUUACAGUCAGUAAUUGGUAAAGAAUCAGUUUAUAUUUAUAUGAGUCCAUACAAACGUUCGAAACAAACUUGGUCAAAUAUUCGAAAAGCAUUUUCGCCAUUGCAAAUCAUAACUGAACGUGAAGACCCACGUUUACGUGAGCAAGAAUUUGGAAAUUUAGCUGAUUUAACAACACAAAAGCAAGUAUUUGCAGAUCGUGAUCGUUUAGGACACUUUUUCUAUCGUUUCGCAUCGGGUGAAAGUGGUGCUGAUGUAUAUGAUCGGGCAUCAUUAUUUCUUGAUACUCUAUUUCGUGAGAUGGACAAUGGACAUCAUGAUCCAACACAAAAUAUAAUUAUUGUAUCGCAUGAACUUUUUAUGCGUCUAUUUCUUAUGCGUUAUUUUCGGUGGACGAUUGAUGAAUUGAACAUUUUAAAAACAUUUAAUAACUGUGAAAUAUGUGAAUUAAAAAAAAUUGAUGGUCUCUUUACUUUAGAUGGGCACAAACGACCACCAACGCAAUCAUCGUGA